AACAUGAAAAAUGUUAUCAUUUUAUCACCAUUUUUAUUUUCAUUAUUACAAUUUUACUUUCAUUGUCACUAGUGUAUUUUGGCAGUAGUAGUAGUAGUAGUAGUAUAGUAGUAAAAGUAGUAGUAGAAGUGUAGAAGUAUAGUAGUAGCAGUAGUAGAAGUAGUAGUAGUCGUAUUAUUCGUUGUAGUCGAAGUAGUAGUGUAGUAUAGUAGUAGUAGUAGUAGUAGUAGUAGUAAUUGUCGUAGUAGUAGUAGUAGUAGUAGUAGUAGUAGUAGUAGUAAUAGUAGUAGUAGUAGUAGUAGUAGUAGGAGUAGUAGUAUAGUAGUAGUAAAGUAUCGUUAUUAUUAUUAACAAUUGUUCAUGUUAUUAUCAAGAUGGCAUUAUGAAUGAUAGUUUCCGUUGCUGCGGUCAUUGGUGUCGUAAAUUACUUCUUAAACUCUUUGCCCGCUUUGUUUAACCAAGGACCUACUACUCUGGUCCAUGGUUUGACUAUUCAUUUCACAGGGAACGGCCAACUUCGACUCAAGUCACAUUUCAUCCAAAAUACUAACAUCGUGCAUUAAGUCCAUUGUAAAUACACACGUACAUAAUCAUAGUGAUAAAUCGCAUUGUAAAGUGUACACAUACUUAUAAUUAUACAAUCAAAAGUUGCGAGUUGAAUUAGCAUAGUCCAUGCAAAACCCCCCUGACAGUUGUAAUCUAAAAUUAAUGUCGUGUAGGAGGGGUUAAGUCCAUGGCGGGCAUUAUCAUACAAUACUCUUUUUUUAAUGUCAUCUUAAUUAGUAGCAGCUUAAUGAUUAACAUUUUAUUCCUAUGUAAAAUUAUAUAUUUCCCUUUCUUUCACCCCCACCCCCCUCUCUCCCCUCCCUCUCUCUCUUUCUCCCUCUCCCCCUCUACCUCUCUUUGUAUUUUGCUAUCUUUCUCCCUCUCUCCUCUCAGAUACGGAAGAUGGAGGUUAUGAUGGGAGUUCAAUCCAUGGUGAUCAUCCCUACCAUAACCCUGAUGAUAAAAUUAACUGCACUGAGAGGAGCAUCAUUAACUUCCCUCUUCACCUCUUCAAUCGAGAGCAACGACGCCAUGGAGCCGUCAUCAUCCACGUCAUCGUCAUGGCUUACAUGUUCGCUUCUCUCGGCAUCGUUUGUGAAGAUUAUUUCAUGCCUGCGUUAGAAGUUAUCUGCGAAGUCUUGAAUUUAUCGGAAGAUGUGGCAGGGGCAACUUUCAUGGCGAUUGGGGGAUCUGCUCCGGAAUUAUUUUCAAGCCUUAUUGCUGUGUUUAUUACCCACGAUGACAUAGGAGUCGGAACAAUAGUUGGAUCAGCGGUUUUCAAUGUCCUCUGUGUGAUUGGCCUGUGUGGAUUAUUAGCUGGACAGGUUAUUUACUUGACCUGUUGGCCUUUGCUUCGUGAUUGCAGUUGUUAUAUUGUAUCUAUUAUUGCGCUCGUUUUCGUAGUAAAGGAUGGACAGGUUUCGUGGAAAGACUCUUUGAUUCUCCUCACAUUAUACAUGUCUUACUGCAUUCUCAUGUACUUUAAUCCCUGUAUUGAACGUAAAGUGAGUCUUAUCACCCCUGAAUGCUGCACGCCAAAGCACAUAAAGACGAGCGACGAAGACCAAGUGCCUCUUGCACGUGAGGAACCCGUCAAGAAUGGACGCGUUCGCACCGGUGGUGGGGAGGUUUUAGAAUCAACCCAUCUUCUAGUCGGAUCGGACGAGGAGCGCUCGCCAAUUCGUCAACAGUUAAAUGGUCACGUGACUACAAACUUUCAAGUCCCUGUGGAUGGGGAGGUUGGACGAGAUACAAACAACAAAGGAGAGAACAACAACGACAAAGGCGUGCAAGUGAACAUUCAACGCGAUUUAGAACAGAAUGAGAGCAGAGACAAGGAGAGCGAUGAGGAUGACGACAACGGAGAGCCAGAUUCUCCCUUCAAACUACCAAAAAAGGGGUGUAGCCGAUACGCCCAUAUGCUCGCUCUUCCUAUAAUCGCCGUCUUCGCUUUAACAAUCCCAGACUGCCGAAAAAAACGAUGGCAGCGAUUCUACGUCUUGACUUUUAUAAUAGCCCUGUUUUGGAUAGGAGUCUUAACCUAUAUCCUCGUUUGGAUGGUCACUGUGUUAGGUGACACGAUUGGUAUACCAGACACAGUAAUGGGUCUCACCCUCCUGGCUGCGGGAGCCAGCACACCUGAUACUAUGCUGAGUAUCAUCGCUGCACGUGGAGGUUACGGUGACAUGGCCAUUUCUCACUCUAUCGGCAGCAAUCUAUUUGACAUUCUCAUCGGUCUUGGUCUUCCGUGGUUUAUCCAAACCGUCAUCAUUGAUCACAGAUCCACCGUCACCGUCUACAGUGGUGCGAUCACCUAUAUAUCCAUGCUUCUUCUUGUGACCGUCGUCAUCGCCGUGGUGCUUAUUAACGUUUGUAGGUACAGACUAGGAAAACCUCUGGGCGUUCUAUUCAUUAUAUUCUUUGUUAUCUUUAUUGUCGUCUCAAUUAUGUUUGAAUUGAACCUGAUUAUUCCCGGAUUAACGUUACCACCUUGUCAGUAGAGCGUUUUCUUUAAAAAAAAAUUUAAAAAAUAUUUAGUCAAACGCCCUUCAUGACAUUGAUCAACCAAGAAGGCUUUGUCGAAUAUUGGUGAAGUAAAAGAGCAGUUUCGUCCUGGACUCUGGAUAAAUGACAUACUUGCAAUUUUUCGUCAGCUCCUUAAUUUGGGACGAACUGCUGUUCCGGUUCACCAAUUUUAGGCGAAGCCUUCUUUGUUGAUCAAUAUCAUGAAGGGCAUAUUAUUUUUUUGGCAAUUUUUUUUUAUAAGUUCUUGAAAGCGUUUUGCAACCCACCUAUUCAUUGUCAUUCUACGGACUUUUUCAAUACAUUUACUGUGUUUUGUAAUUUGUUCUGCGUGGCUGUGCGAAAACCCGCUGUAAUUCGUAGGGAACGUCCGAUUUACCACGUUAUUUGUUGAGACGGUAAUCGAAUAUGUACAGACCAACGAACGUCGAGGUGUUCUCAAAGUGUUGAUGCCCUCAACGUUCGUUGGUACAGACCUUAUUCGCGGUGGAAUAUAUCUUGCCAACGAAUUCCAUCGAAUCAUUAUUCCGACUAAAAAUAGCGUUAUUUGCGUGGACAGGACAAAUAGGUGCUCUGUAGAUAACUGAAGUCUAAUGUCUCUUCAUUUUCUACUUCUAGUCAUUCUAGAUUUGCUGGUUUUGAAUUAGCCUUGUGGAUGAGAGACUGCGUUGUUUUCAUUUAAUGAAUUAUCCAUCAAAUAAACUUAAUUUCAUAGUUCUAUUCCGCUAAAUCAUAAUUUAAAUUUUGCUACUGUAAAGCAUGGCAGCUGACAGUUUAUGAUGUGGUGUCCAAACUUCGCGGACUUUUCAAAAAUAUUCAUCAGGCUUAAAUUUGUUCACAAUAUAUUAACAAUUUAUACAAAACCAAUUCAAGACAUAGUUACCAUAUUGACGGCAAGAUCGUAAUCUGUAAAAUCAUUGACGAAAAUGUGAAGUAGGUCAAGGGGUUUCGCCGGUAUCGCGAUCUCAAAAUUCUGAAUGGGCGCUAACGGUGACUAAUUUGCCGAUCUUUUGCCAAUAUUUUCAUGAAUAAUGAACUCAUCCUAAAGAAACUUACGCCAAAGGUGAAUUUUUGGUCGCUUACACGUUGAUGAUGUCAGAUUUUAAGGAUAUUGGCUAGUUUUUGUCUCACCUGCAUAGCAGAGUGAGACUAUAGGCGCCGCUUUUCCGACGGCGACGGCGGCGGCGGCGGCGGCGUCAACACCAAAUCUUAACCUGAGGUUAAGUUUUUGAAAUGACAGCAUAACUUAGAAAGUAUAUGGACCUAGUUCAUGAAACUUGGCCAUAAGGUUAAUCAAGUAUUACUGAACAUCCUGCCUGAGUUUCAUGUCACAUGACCAAGGUCAAAGGUCAUUUAGGGUCAAUGAACUUAGACCAUGUUGGGGGAAUCAACAUCAAAAUCUUAACCUAAGGUUAAGUUUUUGAAAUGUCAUCAUAACUUAGAAAAUAUAUGGACCUAGUUCAUGAAACUUAUACAUAAGGUUAAUCAAGUAUCACUGAACAUCUUGCAUGAGUUUCACGUCACAUGACCGAGGUCAAAGGUCAUUUAGGGUCAAUGAACUUUGGCCGAAUUGGGGGUAUCUGUUGAAUUACCAUCAUAACUUUAAAGGUUUAUGGAUCUGAUUCAUGACACUUGGACAUAAUAGUAAUCAAGUAUUACUGAACAUCCUGUGCAAGUUUCAGGUCACAUGAUCAAGGUCAAAGGUCAUUUAGGGUCAAUGAACUUUGGCCAAAUUGGGGUAUUUGUUGAAUUACAGCCAUAAAUUUGAAAGUGUGUUGGUCUAGUUCAUAAAACUUGGACAUAAGAGUAAUCAAGUAUCACUGAACAUCCUGUGCGAGUUUCAGGUCACAUGAUCAAGGUCAAAGGUCAUGUAAGGUCAAAGAACUUUGGCCACGUUGGGGGUAUUUGUUGAAUUGCCAUCAUAUCUCUAUAAGUGUAUUGGUCUAGUUCAUAAAACGUGGAAAUAAGAGUAACCAAGUAUCACUGAACAUCUUGUGCGAGUUAUAGUAGUUUUCAAAAUCAGCACUGCUGCUAUAUUGAAUCGCGUGAUGCAGGUGAGACGGCCAGAGGCAUUCCACUUGUUUAAAUAAUGACCGUCCGCGAAGUAUGAAAGUUUGGACUAAUUACCAUACAGACGCAAACCACCAUAAAACAUAUGGUAUUCUUUCAAAAUUAAACGACCCCGAAUACAGUCAGAAUGAAGAGAAAGAGUGAAAAAAUCUUUGAUCAUUCAUCACAAGAAAUGUAAUGUGGCCCUCUCUUGGAAUCCGUUUCCUGUUUUGAGCAUCGAUAUCAAUGCGCGACCUUGAAUCGAAGAAAAAAUACACGAUUAACAGUUUGGUAAGUUCCCCUUCUGAGCAGGGCCAAUUGUCUGCGAAUACACAAAUCUGCUCGAUUCUAUCAAAAGUAGAUACGCGACAACCACAGACUUUACACAUGCAACACGUAGAAAGAUAUUCAAUUAAAAAACCGACUCAAAAUGGCGAAAAAAUAAUGAAUUGCGUGCAUUUCAUGAGACGGCCUCGAAAUGCACCCUUUUUCAUCAAAAUCCCCGAAUCGUGUGUAAAGUGAAUUGGUGCGCAGACAUGGAGCACCAUUGUUUUGUUAAAUCUGAAAAUGACUGGCCGAGGGUUUUUUUCCAAGAAAAUCAUCUUUAUCUCAAAUAUAAAAAUAUAAGGAACACUAUCGCAACUGAAAAUUUUCUUAAAAUUAAAGAAAAAUCAUGAUUAAUAUUAAUUUAAAUUGUUAGGUGCGCAGAAAUGGAGCCCCCUUCAUAAUAUAUGGGGCUAUUUUGCCCUAUGCUUUUGCCUAAAAAAGCGCGUUGUAGCUCAAUGCACCACUCUUGAUACCGAUGAUAUUGAGACAAUCAAAUUGCAUAAUCGCAAACUUUAUUUAGAUCACUGCAUAACACAAUCAUUAUUUAGAUAACUGCAUGUUGAACGUUUUUAAAAAUGCGUUGCUCAAGGCCGAGUCUGGAAUCGAACUCCGAACGCAUUUUUUUCGUCAGCACUUCUGCACUCGACGUGAGAGGGCAGUGGGAAUGACGAUAUAACAGGCUGUUUUGGAGGCUAAAUCUUGGACUUAUAUUUCACGAGGCGUAAUCUGACUAAACCAUAUUAUAUCGUCAUUCCACUGCCCUCUCGCGUUGGAUGCACAAGUACUGUAGGUGCCAUGAGUCUAAUUACAUCAGGAGGGCUAAAGAUAUUCGUUCGACCCAACCCAUUCGAAUUUUUUUAAUUUGAUAUUGCUGAUUGACAAAAGUGUAUGAAUAUGAUUCAAAAUCUAACACUGAUUCUAAAAAUGGUAACUACUGAACUUCCUUUGCCCAAAUUGGGAAGAUUAUAUCAAUGAUUUGGAACUAUUUUUUGACUGGCGGAAGAAUUGGGGCUAUUUUACUGUUUCAGUUGAUGAAUUUGAUCCCAUCAUAGUUAUCUUCAUAAAUGGCGAUUUAUUUUUAAAAUGAGCUGGCUACGAUACCCUUCUCUGGUCAGAUAUGGAAUGUCAGAUAUAUAUCCUAUCCAAAGGUAGUAAACAUUCGACCCUCUGAUUUCACAUUUAUUUUUUAUGAAUUUUUCUUAAGUCCCAUUUUAACACACAAAUCUAUGGGGAAUGUUUUACGCGCGUGACACCUGUACUGACAAAAAAAUCGCACCGCAGAGGUGUAGUCGGGAGCUUGAGCACGGCACACACAGUACCCCCUUACCUAGUGAUUUCACCCUCAUCGUUGAUGUGGGGGUUUAUCCCCAACCUACAAAAGCGAGAUAAAGCGGAAGGUCAACGGUUUAUGCACAAUAUGAUACAUUUUUGACGAUCUGUGUUAUCAUUUCAAUAAUUUGCUGGGGUUUUUUGUUUUGUUUUUUGCUAUGACAAUGACAGUUAUAUGAUAUUUCGUGCAAAGAGUUAAAGGGUAUUCCAUGUAUUCGGUGAUGGGUUGACUCUAUUAGUGUAGUAGGUUUCACGGUACACCAUGUAUCUUUCUUGGGCAGAUGUUGGUCCUGAAAAGGACCACCCUAUCUCGACGUUUCGACAAGUGUGUUCUUGUCGUCCUCAGGAGAAUUGACUCUAUUGUUAUUGUGUAUCUUGUUAUAUCGUUAAUUUGUACUUUUGCAUGUUUGUAGAUAUCAACUGCCUCUUAGUUUGUAAAUUUCGGUAGUUGUAUCUUUCUUAUGAGCCGGUAUUAAUAAUGAGUAGGUACCCAUAAAUCAAAUAGAAACACAUAAACGUAAUGAAGAGAAAGUGAGAAUUACAUUUACAUGAAACCCUGUCGACAUAGCCACGGGUGUUGAGUGAGAAUUUGAACUGGCUAAGAGGGGAAAUAUUACAGAUGGUCUUGUGAUUUUUUUUCUUCCGUAGGAAUUGACCAACAUAUUGAAACGAUCGAACCCUAAGGAUUAUUAAAUGUUGGUAUAGCUUGUAGUGUUUACAAGUAUUUUUACGUUACGAAUCCCACCGUCGUGGUUCCAGCGUCUAUUCGAAUAUCAUGUGUACGCUUGCCGCCCUCCAUCCACGUUAGCCACUAAAGCCCGACUCAAACUAUGCGAUUCAUUGCGAUCCGAAUUUCAAAGAAAUUGUGAUAACACUUGAUAUGGACAUUCCAACUAAUAAGAUCUUACGGAUCAGAGUUCAGAAUAGUGGUAGGCCAACUGAAAUAAAAAAAAUCAGUCCAGUUCGAGCCUCCCUGAAUGAAUUAAAACAAAAACAAAAAAAAAAA